CCCGUCACUGACUUCUUGGAGACCCAAGUCAGUAGCGGGCAAAAACCAUCCCUUUCUAAAAGCACACUGGAAAAUUGAAACUGGCGAUUCGCUCAAUUCCCGUGGAAAAUAUUUUUCCGGGAAAAUGCAGGCACCCGAUAACAUUCGCAACCUCCCCAUCGACAUCACGUUUUCUCGUCUCGGAGAAUGGUUGGCCGAUCGGAAGCGAAUACCGGCAGAUUUUCGAAAACGUUUGGCGGCGAUAAGGGCUCGGAUUUCGAAGGAGUUUUCGACACUGCCCAAGGAUAUCGAUCCCUAUUUCCAAACCCUAGACCCUGAAGGGAUUGGGUACUUAGAGUCCAAACAAAUAUAUGAUGUUCUUCUAAAGUCAACUCCCGAAAGCCGGAAUAUAUUUGGCCGGCUAUCAGGUGCUGCUGGUGCUUGGGAGGCGAUUGUGCAUGCUUUUGAGAAGGAUCAUAUUUACCUUGGUGAGGCUGCUCAAAUCAUGGUUCAAAAUGUAAACUAUGAAAUACCAUAUCAGAAAAAACAGGUGCAAAAGAUUCAGCAACAAAUAUCAGAGGUAGAGCGCAGGGAAGCUGAUAUAAAAAGAAACUCAGCUCUAUCAGCAGCUAAGUAUGUUGAGGCCUGUCAAGAGCUUGGAUUGCAGGGAAAAAAUGUGAGGUUAGAACUUUUGGAGACGGCAAAAUCGCUCCCAAACACGUUCAGCAAGAUUUUGGAAGCUAUAAAUAGUGAUUCUACGUCAUCGGCUAUGGAGUACUACUCAAACUUUGUGAGGGAUGCUCACACAGAGAAGGAUAAAUCUGUACUGAUUGUGUUACCUAACUUGAGGGACGUACGUGAACAUCCCCCGUCUUUGCAUGUUUCUCUGGGGUCUGAGAUUGUUGACUCUGUUGAUACUCAAUCAGGCUAUAAAGACCCAGACCUUGUGAGAGGGGAUGUGGACGUAGCUGCAGAAAACAUUGACUGGGAUAUUUCAGUUGACAGUUCUCAGAUUGAUUGGGAUAUUGGUACUGUGGAGGAAACAGAUGAUAAUGGCAAUGGUUUGGGUCCUUAUGAAAUGAUUAAUGCCAGUGAUGUCUUACAGAACACUUCACCAAAUGAAGCUGUGGAAUCUGAUGGAACCUCAUUAGAUAAAGAGGAGUGUGGUCUGCACCCAGAGGUUCUUGUAUCAGAGAUUUCUUGGGAUGUUAGCGUUGAGACUCCUCAAGUUGAUGUGAUUGAUGAUGUCAGCUUGCCAAAUUUAGGCCUGGACAAUCAGACAUCUGUUCCUGAUACUUCAUUUCAAACGCCAGAAUUGAAGGAAGAGAGGAGCAAGCUUUUGGAGACAGAGUACAGAAAUAAGAUUCUUGAUGAUCUGAAUGAGGUCAAAGCUUUUCUAAAUCAACGAUUGGCAGAGUUGAAGAAUGAAGAAACUUUGUCCUUGCAACAUCAAGUCCAGGCAGUUGCCCCAUUUGUACUUCAGCAGUAUACUCCUGAAGCCAUUGAGACCAUGCUGUCUGAUGUCUCCUCAGCCAUUUCACUACUGACGAAUAGGAAAACAAGGGACUUGAUCAUGAUCCUAAACUCUAAAAGAUUUUUAGACAGACUAGUAACUACAUUGGAAGAAAAGAAGCAUCACGAAGUCAAGUUGAAAGAGGGAUUGAAGGACUUGGCUACCAAACGUAUGGAGCUACACAAUUCAUUAGCCUCUUCUUGGCCGAAGCAAGAAGCAGCUCUUACAAAAACCAGGGAGCUGAAGAAGUUAUGUGAGAGUACACUUUCGUCCAUGUUUGAUGGAAGACCCGUUAAUAUUAUAGGUGAGAUCAAUACACUAUUGACUAGUGGCCUCGGGGCUUGAACAUUUGAGAUGCCUGCUUUUAGCAACAAGGAAACCUUCACUGAGGAGCUGAAUGGCAGAAUCUUUUUUUUUUUUUUUUUUGAUAAAAAAAAAUGGAUAGCAGAAUUAAUUGGCAUUGUUUUGAGCAUUAGCCAUUACUUUCACUCUCCAUCUUUUUUUGGAUCUUUUAAAUGUAAUUCUCACAGUUAAAUCAUUUACAUUUGAACAAGUUUACGUCCAUUAUAAUGUUCACAAAAGAUACGUUGGAAAUA